AUGAUACUUUCGAUGGUCAGGAGAGUGACCCUCAUUCCUGCUGAAGUACCUGGCCUACCUGCACCGCCUAAGUCAUUUUCAGCACCAAUAGCGCCGAAAGGGCCUGCCUACGAAGUUAGCUGCGUCCCGUACCCCAAAGACUGGUCUGUUACGACAGAGGAAGACUGCAAAAAGGCAGCUAGAGACUUCCAGAGCUUUCUAUACGAUAGCUACACUGUUUAUCUGAAGAAUCAGUACACCCCUUCAGGCCAAAACCACUUCAUCGCGCCCACUUACUUCGUCGAAAACGAUUGCUGCUUUACCUUCUAUCUUCUCAAUAAUGCAAUCUGGGAUACCUUGGACAGAGCAUCCGCUCUGAUAGGAGCAGCUGGUGUGCUCGACCAAUGUGCAUAUUUCGGCGAAGUGCAGGUGGGCGUGAACGUCAAGAUUCAAUUGAUGGACGGUAAGCACGCCCUAGACGAAGCGAUGACGAACGGGAACCCCGUGUUCCCAUUCAAGCACACAUCCGGGAACAUUACAGCGACAGAAUUUCUGAACAGCUCCGCUAGCAUGACGUCUGCACAGAAAAGCGCUGCAAGCCAGGAUGGACUUUACCGCGUCGCAGCCUUCGAUCUGACAGCUUUGUCAAGGAUCCUGAUCUGCCUGUUGGUGGCGGUACAGUAUCAAAAGGUCGCAGGCCUGGUUCCUUCGGUUUUGAAAGAGAGAUCUGCACCAUCUUUCCCUCCACUACCACCACCACCGGAUCCCUCGGGACGCCCUCGGACCAAUUACAAUGUGCAAUGUGACCCAUAUGACCCUUUUCUUCCUCCAUUAGAAUUCGAAAUAUAUGUCGCACCGGAAUGCCAAACAGCAUGGAACUACUUCAACACAUUCACACUUAGUACCUACAACUUGAUAAAGAAGGGUUCCGGCCAGCACAUGGGUGACAACACGUUGUACGCACCAACAUAUUUUGUCAGCGAUGCAUGUGCAUUCACUUUCUAUCUCAUUGGGGAUUCUACGAGUGCUUCGAUAGAUAAAGCGGCUGCCUUGACUGCGGCAGAAGGUGUGAUAAGUUAUUGCGCCUUUUAUGGUCAACUACAACUCUCGCAGAACGUAAAGGUCCAGGUCAUGGAUGGCGCUGACGCGUUGAAGGAAGCGGCGCAGAAUGGGAAUCCUGUCUAUCCUCCCCAACUUAUUGACAACGUCACAGCACAGCAUAUUGCAAAUGAUACAGCUGUGCAGUCCUUCCGACAAAAUGCCACCGCGCAGCCAGAGUACUUUGGUGGGGCUAAAGCGCCCUUCCCUGUCCCAUUCAAUUGUGAUACUUAUCCUUCUGGCUACGAUGCUGCGGAGUGGAGCUCCACUGUUGGAUCUGACUGCAACAAGGCGUGGGAUUAUUUUGCGCAAUGGAGUCGUCUGAAUUACACUCUCAUUGCUGAGGGAGGAAACGAGCCUCAAAAUGACACGACUCUAUUUGCACCUACAUACUUCAUCGCAAACACAUGCGCAUUCACCUUUUCCCUCAAAGCUGAAGUACAUAGUCAAGCGGUCAAUAAAGCGGACACCAUCAUAGCGGCAUCCGGCGUCGUCAGUAGCUGCGGAUACUUUGGCAACGUGGCGCUCAGUGAUGUUGUGAGUGUCCGGGUCAUGGACAGUGCUCAAGCAUUGAAGGACGUGGGCGCAAAUGGGGCGCCCGUUUUCCCACGACCAACGGAUUCUCUUCUGCUCAACAAUACUCAAUCAUCCAAUGAUUAUGGUGGAGCUCAGGCACCAAACUCGACACAGCAAUCAAUACACAGUGUGACCCAGGCACAGACCGCCCAAUUAGGUACGUUUCGAUGA